GUUUAGAGAGAUUGUCUUGACGGUAUUUAUUCUCGUUAGGUUCCUUAGUUUCUGCUUCUCGUGCAUCUCGUGACGAGGACAGCAGUGGCCCUGGAUCCCUUCGAUUUAUAAUAACAAUAAACAAUACACAUAACAUUCCAUUUGUAGAGUGGAAAUUUGGACCUUUCCACUGAAUUCUCCGGCUCACAGGAGCGUUUCCACGCGGUAACACAUACGCGGACGUUAUCCCGCGCAGCGGGAAUGGGGCUGGUGCCCUCAGCAGAGCAGAAGGAGGAGUUCGGGCGGGCCGUGGGUGCUCACAUCUACGAGGCGAUGCUGCAGAGCGGGGCUCUGCCAGACGUGGGCAUCGAGCGCCACCUGCUGGACGGCGUGGGACUGCGGCCCGGGGCCGCCACACGUGACCGCCUCAUGGAGCUCAGGAAGCACGUGGACGGCCGAGGCCCCGCCUACCUCAAAGAGCUGAUGGCCAAGAUGGCCGCCUUCACCGAGGAGCCGCGGGUGACCGGCUUGCUCACCCUGCUGGUCUCCAUGGCGAUAGAGAUGGCGUACGCCUCAUCCAGGAGGCCCUCCGGGCAGGGGGCGGGGCCCGAGGAGCGGCUGGCCGAGCUGAGGGACCUCACCGAGGAGUACCUGAAGCGCCAGCGCAUGCACCUGGAGGAUGAGCGGAGGCUGCGGGAGGACACGGAACGCCUGGAGGGCCAGGUCAGCUACCUCCUCACCCAAAUUAAGAACGGCAUGCUGACGGAAGGACACGCCAACUCCAGGACCCUCAAGCACUGGGUCAACGGAGCCGCCUUCCAUGUGCAGAUGCUGAUCCACCUGGCGUGUUUGGGCCAGCAGAGCGAGGGACCCGCCCGUGUGGCCAUCACCUCCUACCAGGAGGACCUGAGGGAGGUGCUGCCGGCCUACAGGAGGUACAAGGCGUCCACCAUCCGCGUCUCCAAGCGCAGCGAGGCUCACCUGGCGGAGGACGGGCCCGAACUGUCGCUGGCGGGGUACAGCGUUCGCGACACGGAGCUGGGCGCGUCGGCGGACGUGCCCCUGCCUGAGGACACGCCCCUGGCCUGUGAGCACCUGGAAACGGCCUUCUGCACCGAGGCCUACCUGGACCACCUGUUCUCCCACUACCCCCACAUCACCGGCAUGGAGGCCUACUUCUCCAACACGCUCAACAUCCUGCCCGUGCUCAUACCGCAACCCGCACACUCCCAGUCCCCCGCCCUGAACGCUUAAACAAACGGAACAUAACACAUGAUAUUGUAAAUAUGUGAAAAGUAUGGUUAAUAUAUUCUGCCAAAAUUAAUUUAGAACCAUACCGCAUUAUAAAACAUCCAAUUUGCACUUAUAUUGCUAAUAUAU